AAGUCAUCAGUUAAACUUGAAACAGCAACCAUGGUUUCCGACUUCAGAAAGAAGAAGCUCCUCCACGUCUUCACCGCUUUCUUUGACACCAAUGGAAGUGGUACCAUCGAUAAGAAAGACUUCGAACUGGCCAUUUCAAGAAUAUCGCAGAUGAGAGGCUGGAAGGCCGGCGACGCUAAAUACAAAGAGGUAGAAAAUGCGCUUAACCAGGUUUGGGAAGGAUUAAGCAAAGCCGAUACCGACAACGACAGUCAAAGUGUCCUAAGGACGGAGUGGAUUGCGCUGUGGGACAACUACUCCAGCAACCCUGCUGACUGGCAGAACGUUUACUGCAAGUUCAUCUUCCAACUGGAGGACGCCAGCAAUGAUGGCUCCAUUGACAGCGAGGAGUUCUCCUCUGUCUAUGCCUCCUUCGGGCUGAACAAGGCCGAGGCUGUCGCUGCUUUCCAGAAGAUGUCUUCGGGCAAAGCAUCCGUCUCCUGGGCCGAGUUCCAGGGUCUCUUCAAGGAGUACUUCUCCGCUGAGGACAUGAACGCACCGGGCAACUUCAUCUUUGGCAAAACUAGCUUCUAAGUGCUUGGACAUUUUUGUUUGAUCUGCAGUAUGUAAGUAAAUUGUAUUUAAAUUAAUAAAUUAUUUUAUCUAUUA